AUGGUUUCGCCCACCUUGUCGCUCUUCCUUUUGGCGGCAUCGGAGUUGGUCUCCGCCGUUGACCCAUCUUCAAUUCUAUUUACUUCUGGCACCAUUAUCGCUUUCGAUCAAGAAGCAAAUGACCUGAACGUCAUCCGCAAUGGAAGCAUUCUCAUUCAGCAAGACCGUAUAACCGGUAUAUGGUCGAAUCAGGAAACUCCCCCGGUGUCGAUUCCUUCAAACACCACGGUUGUAGAUGCAGCAGGCAAGAUCAUCGCCCCUGGCUUCGUCGAUACACACCGUCAUGGGUGGCAAACAUUGUUCAAAACCAUGUUCUCCAACAUCACUCUCAUCGAAUAUUUCGGCCGCUUUGGAGAGGGAGCUUCUGCCGGACGCGUUGAUGCGGAGCAGGUAUACAUCGGCCAGCUCGCUGACCUGUACGAAGCACUGAACGCGGGAACUACCACAUCACUCGAUCACGCUCACCACACCUGGUCAGAUGAAACAUCUUGGGCGGGCUUGAAUGCCAGUAUAGACAGCGGCGCACGUGUAUUCUGGUCGUACACCUUCCACGACGUUGCCAACUAUACCAUCGAGCAGCAGCUUGUAAACUAUCGCGAUAUAGUGAACGCUGCCCCACAGACAGAUACAGCUGUCGAACUAGGUAUCGCUUUUGAUAGCUUCGACAACAGCUCUGUGGAUCCAGAAACGAUUGCCUCGAUAAUCGACUUGGCUAAAGAAGUCAACACCUCGGUACUCACAACCCACAGUGGGGGAGGCGUGUAUGGAAACUAUAACUCUCCGACCACUCUACAAUCUCUUGGUAUACUCAACACAAGCAUCCCUGUCGUGUUUUCGCACGCGUCGUACGUCACUUUGCGGGACACGAUGCUGUUGCGAAGCACGAAUCAAUAUGUCUCUAUCACGCCGGAGUCAGAGAUGGGUUUUGGUCUCGGACGUCCGACCAGCAAUAUGAUCAUCGACCAGGCCGCCCUAGGUAUUGACACGCACGCUUUUCAGUCGAGCGAUCUGGUCACUCAAGCGCGCGUAUUUCUUCAGACCACGCGGUCAGCAGUCACCGACCAGCUAUUCAAAAAAUGGCAGGCUCCUAGGUCGAACCCUAUGAGCGUCGUCCAGGCCUUUCUCCUUGCCACACGUCACGGAGGCCUCGCACUUCGCCGUCCAGAUCUUGGAGUUCUCAGUGUAGGUGCUAAAGCUGACGUUGUUGUGUGGGACGGGACCAGCCCCAGCUUGCUAGGUUGGCUUGACCCCGUGGCGGCGAUCAUUCUGCACUCCAACGUGGGUGAUGUGGAGCAUGUUCUUGUCGAUGGCAAGUUCGUGAAACGGGAUCACAGGCUGGUUGUUGGAGACUACGGCAGCAUCAAGUUAAGAUUCUUGGAAGCUUCGAAGCGUAUCCAGGAGGACUGGCGGCAAAUUCCCCAUCCUAAGCUCGAUCAAUACACUCCAGCGGGUGCUCCUAUUGUUGACCCCGACCAGGUGGAUGUUAUGGCCGGAAAUGGCACGGGGUAUGGCCAAUUGUAUGUUUAG